AUGUCGACGCAUCCUGAGGUUUUAUGGGCACAGCGUAGCUCGGCUGUCGAAGCUGAGAAGAACAUUAUAUAUCUGACCGUCAACCUCCCCGAAAUCAACGAAUCAACAUUGAAGCUCGAUAUCCAGCCGAAUGAAAUAUCUUUUGACACGAAAGCUGGCAGACCGGAGGAAAAGGAAUACAAAUUCAAUCUAAAACUUUUCGGCGAGAUCGAUCCUGAAAAAUCGACAAAAAACCUCACGACCCGUUCGCUUGUUAUGGUGUUGCGCAAGGCGGAACAAAAGCACGAGUUUUGGCCACGUCUAACCGGGGACAAGAAGAUUCCUUACGUGAAGACCGACUUCAGUAAAUGGGUGGAUGAAGAUGAGCAAGAAGGAGUUGAUGAAGAAGAACUCGGUGGAGGAAUGGGCGGGAUGGAUGACAUGAUGGGUGGUAUGGGUGGUAUGGGUGGCAUGCCUGGUAUGGGAGGUAUGGGAGGUAUGGGUGGUAUGCCUGGCAUGGGAGGUAUGGGAGGCAUGGGUGCAGGUGGAAUGGACUUUGAAAAGAUGAUGGCUGACAUCAAGGCAAACAAGGAUGGUGCUGGUCCAGAAGGCAUUGAUCCCGCAGAUUCUGACUCGGACGACUCGGACGGACCUCCUCCCCUCGAAGCCGUCGAGGGAGGCGCGGAAAAGCCGGCUGCUUCGAGUAGCAGCUCCUCGUAG